UCCACAGUGGGAUGUGCAGCCAUGGGAUCAUGGAAGAGUUCCGUCUUCAUCUUGGUCCUUCACUUUCUAGAAGGGGCCCUGAGCGAUUCCCUCAUUAAGCUGAAUAACAAUGGCUAUGAAGACAUUGUCAUUGCAAUUGACCCCAGUGUGCCCGAAGACGAAGCACUUAUUCAACAAAUAAAGGACAUGGUCACUGAGGCAUCUCCAUACCUGUUUGAAGCAACAGAAAAAAGAUUUUAUUUCAAAAGUGUUUCCAUCUUGAUUCCCGAAAACUGGAACGCAAAACCUGAGUAUACGAAACCAAAACUUGAGACCUACAAAAAUGCAGACGUUGUGGUCGAACCUAAUCAACUAAGUACUGAUGAGCCUUAUACCGAGCAGUUUGGAAAGUGUGGAGAAAGAGGUGAAAAGAUUCAUCUCACUCCUGACUUCUUAGCGGGAAAGGCAUUGAAGCAAUACGGACCACAAGGCAGGGUCUUUGUUCAUGAAUGGGCUCACCUACAAUGGGGAGUAUUUGAUGAGUACAACAACGAAGAGAAAUUCUACUUAUCCAGGGGAAGACCUCAAGCCGUAAGAUGUUCAACAGAUAUUACCGGACAAUAUAAAACAAUUAAGUGCCAGGGAGGCAGUUGUACAGUUGGACCAUGCAGACUCAACAAAUUAACAGGACUGUAUAAUAAAGAAUGUGUGCUGAUACCACAGAAGCAACAGAUUGCAAAGGCUUCCAUAAUGUUUGCACAAAGUAUUGAGUCUGUGGUUGGGUUCUGUAACGAAAAAAACCACAAUAAAGAAGCCCCAAACCUGCAAAACCAAAAAUGCAAUCUCCGAAGCACAUGGGAAGUGAUCAGCGAAUCUGAGGACUUUAAGAAAACCACUCCUAUGACAACAAACCCACCCAAACCCACCUUCUCUUUGCUGCAGAUUGCACAAAGGGUUGUGUGUUUAGUCCUUGAUAAAUCUGGAAGCAUGGCGAGUGAUAACCGCCUUGACCGCAUGAAUCAAGCGGCCAAGUUUUUCCUGCUGCAGACGGUGGAGGACAGGUCCUGGGUUGGGCUGGUAACAUUUGACGGUAGCGCCCAAGUACGAAGUGAACUUGUCCAGAUAAAGAGUGAUGCAGACAGAGAUGCACUCACCAAACACUUACCAACAGUUUCUUCAGGAGGGACAUCCAUCUGCUCCGGCCUUCAAUCAGCAUUUACUGUGAUCAAGAAAAAGUAUCCAACAGAUGGCUCUGAGAUUGUGCUGCUGACCGAUGGGGAGGACAACACUAUCAGCAUGUGCUUUAAUAUGGUGAAGCAGAGCGGAGCCAUAAUCCACACCGUUGCCCUGGGGCCCUCUGCAGCUGCAGAGCUGGAGCAGCUGUCUCAAAUGACAGGAGGUUUGCAGACAUAUGCUUCUGAUCAGGCUCAAAACAAUGGCCUCAUUGAUGCUUUUGGGGCCCUUUCCUCAGGAAAUGGCGCCAUCACUCAGCGCUCCAUCCAGCUGGAGAGUAGAGGAGCAACCCUCCAGAACCGCCAGUGGAUGAAUGGCACAGUGAUUGUGGAUGACACAGUAGGAAAGGACACAUUGUUCCUUAUCACAUGGACAAAUCAGCAGCCCCAAAUCUUUCUCUGGGAUCCCAGUGGAACAAGGCAGAAUGGUUUCGUAGUGGAUGCAGCCAGCAAAAUGGCCUACCUCCAGGUCCCAGACAUCGCUAAGGUUGGCAUUUGGAAAUACAGUCUGCAAGCGAGCUCACAAACUCUCACCCUGACAGUCACCUCACGUGCAUCAAGUGCUACCCUGCCUCCGAUUACAGUGACCUCCAAAAUGAACAAGGACACAGGCAAAUUCCCCAGUCCUAUGAUAGUUUAUGCAAAUAUUCACCAAGGAGCUUCACCAAUUCUCGGGGCCCAGGUCACAGCUGUGAUUGAAUCGGCAAAUGGGAAAACAGUCACCUUGGAACUACUGGAUAAUGGAGCAGGUGCUGAUGCUACUAAGAAUGAUGGUGUCUACUCAAGGUAUUUUAUAGCUUAUGAUACAAACGGAAGAUACAGUGUGAAAAUAUGGGCCCUGGGAGGCAUUAAUACAGUCAGACAGGGAACAGCAUCCAGGUCAAAUGGAGCCCUGCUUGUAGCUGGCUGGAUAGAGAAUGGUAAAAUACAAUUGAAUCCGCCAAGACCUGCAAAUAAUAAGACUGAAGUUCAAAAUAAAAAAGUGUGUUUCAGCAGAACAUCUUCAGGAGGUUCGUUUGUGGCCUCUCAUGUCCCAAAAGCUCCCAUCCCUGACCUCUUCCCACCUUGUCAGAUCACUGACCUGAGGGCAAAGGUGCAGGGUUACAGUGUCAUCAACCUGACGUGGACAGCUCCUGGCAAUGAUUAUGAUCAUGGGCAAGCUUUCAAGUAUAUCAUUCGAAUGAGUACAAAUGUCCUUGACCUCAGAGACAAGUUCAAUGCUUCAGUUCAAGUGAACACAACUGGUCUCAUCCCAAAGAAGGCCAACUCUGAGGAAAUCUUUGUGUUUGAACCAGAAAACAUUGCCUUUGAAAAUGGCACCAAUCUUUUCAUUGCUAUUAAGGCUGUCGAUAAGGCUAAUCUGGAAUCAGAAAUAUCCAACUUGGCCCAAGUGUCUUUGUUUAUUCCUCCUCCUCCAGAGACCCCUAGUCCUCCUGACAUUUCUGUUCCUAGUCCUAAUAUUAGUAUCAAUAACACCAUUCCUGGCCUUCACAUUUUAAGAAUUAUCUGGAAAUGGGUAGGAGAUUUGCAGCUGACACUGGCCUAACACUGUCUUUUCAUGAGAAGCAAAAUAAAUGAACCAUGCUAUUGAUUGUAGUGUUUUCUAAAAUCUAUUUUAGGCUUCCUGCAGGGGGCGAUAUAACCAAAUGCUACACAGCUAGGAACACAUGCGUAUAUAUGUAAUCUCUAUUGGAAUACAAAUGCUUAAUCGUUGUUUGGUCUUUUAAUAAUGAUUUUGAAUUCUACAUAAAAGAAGUGCCUGUAUCAAUACAAGAGAGUAUGUUGUAAUUCAUUUUUAAGAAGUUUUGCCUGCUGAAAAGGACAUGCAAUUGCUGUUAAUCCAAUGAAUAGCUAAAAGAUUUUGUUUUCAUUUAAAGAAUGCUGGAAAUGCCCAACAUAAAUUAUACAAAGUAUGACUUGUAAUGUAUGAGAUCUGUAAUAUGUUUUCAUGUUUCUGGAUUUGAGCAAGGGUCAUAUAUUUAAGGAAGGAUUUUGUAAUGUAGAAAAAACAUAAAGAUUCCCCACAUAUGUUACAUGCAUGCAAUUACAAGUCAGUGAUAAUUGAAGACACUGUGGCAGGAAAUGAGGUGGGAAAAGUCCCUUCAGGCCAGGAAGGAAGAGAAAGUGAUUCAGAAAUAAACAUUUAUGUUUUUGUACCAA